AUGGCGUCUCGUGGCAGGCCCUAUACUGGGCCAAUAGUUUCACAAUCAUCGUCACAAGGUGAAAUACAAUUGUCAGAUCGUCAAAUGCAGCUUCUAGAAGCCAGACGACGCGCAAAAGAAACGGGUUUACAAUCGUCUCAACAACUCAAGAGCAGCAACUACUACGGUGGCGCCAAGAGGGACCCAACUCCUCGCAUGAAUCAUAAUCCUCAUAGCUGGAGUGAUGAACAAACCGUUCCUACAACAUGGAGUGAUUCUUCUUCAUCGGCGAACUCAGCUGUUUCCAAGUCGCAUUCUGCUGCCUCUGCGUCGAUGUCACAGGCAUCUGCAAGUUUACGCGCAAAUCACGCGAACCCUGCAAAUCCAGCGGUGCAGUUCUAUGGUCAAGGCCUUUCGGGUCAGGCCAAAAGGCUUUAUGAUGAUAGUGGCGAGAGUUAUCAUGGAUCCAGAUCUGAGGCAGCAUCUUCGUCAAGCGGAUCGACGGCACAAUCUUCUCAACAGGAACCAGCAAUGGUGCCACGCAGAGUGAACAGACCAAAGAAAGCAAAGGGAAAGGGAGCUGAUCUAACUUCGCUUGCAACCGAUGAUAAGCAAAAAGCACUGCUACGGAAGAUGAUGAAAUCGUAUACUGGUACCUCAAAUCCAUCAAAAUCGAAAGAUGAUUCAUCAGUUGAGUUUUCUGUUGAUGAGGCAAAGAAGAAAAGAAACUGGGCCAAGCCGAAGGCGGCAUCUUCUGCUAGUAGUGGAUCUUCGUCGACGUCUCAUGAUAGAGCGAUUAUGAGGAAAGUUCUAGAACGAGCACGAAACAAAAAGCUCGCUCUUUCAAACCCUAGGAAACAUGGACUAUUAAAGCAAUCAUCAUCGCGCAUGAAAAAAAUGAUGUCACCAAAGCAUGAAAAGUCGUCCCCUAGAGAAAAGUGCAUUGGAUCACCCAGAAGUGACACUUCUUCAAGAUCGGGAAGUACCCAUUCAUUUUCGAAGUUUGGUUUUGGGAAUGUGCUCAAGAAGAAGUCGAGCCGUUCUCCAAGGUUUUCCUCGCGCAAUGCGAAGGCUCGGUUCCACAACAAGCCUGAUUCCAUCAUUAGCCCAAGAAAGUCUCUCGACAAGGACCUCGAAGAUUCUAAGACAUAUUCCCACAGUUCUCCUUCUCGAAAGAUGCUUUUUGACGAUAGCGGAGCGAGUGUGCCCCGAAAUGAAUCAGAAUCGAAUUGUGCUUUGGCCGAUGCUGGUUCAGCCGACAUGAGCGUCCAAUCUAAGCCAGAAAACAUUGACAUCCGGAGACAAACAACGGAGGUUAGUGUCCUUUCUGGACGACACAGCCAUGACUCUGCGGAAAGCGGGAAGCUUGCUCAAGCCAGAUCCGGAAUCGGUUCAAUUCCAGAAGUGACAACUGAGGACGAAAUUGAAAUCAAGCUUUCCAGCUCUACUGGCUCUGAGAUAUCUGCUGUGUUCCCCUCGCAACAAGGAGAAACAAUGUAUGAUGAUACUGCUUAUGACGCUCCCGAAAUCUUUAAUCCCGAACCGGAAGGAUACAGAGAUUUCAUUCAUACCCUCAAGGGAGAAGUUGCUGGAUCACACACUCAGCUCUGGGAGAGUUUCCAUUCUAUCUUUAAAGGAAACAGAAAAACUCGUCCACUACAGCAAGGAAAUGGUUCGAAAGCAUUCGAUGACACGACAAAGCUUGCUGUUGCCAGUAUGAGUACCUAUUUGAAGAAUGAGUAUGGGGCCGAGUCAGAAGCAGGUACUCAGCUUGCAAAUGAUAAGGCCGUAAAGUCUGCGACUUCUUCUUUUGGUCAGCAUGUACUCAAUCGAAGUGGUGUGGGUCGAUAUGGAGCACUUUGUGUUGCUCCUACUGUUGAUGAAGAACCUGACACAAGCAACUUUGAUGACGCUUUGUCACACAAUGUCCACGCCAGUCUUGGAGAAAAGUCAUCUCAGGCGCUCAUGAUGACUGAUUCCGAAUCAGAAGUCUCCUCCUACGCAGCAUCUUCAGAUGCAGGUAUAUCUUACGUUGAAUCCGAUUAUAUUUCUGAGGCUGGAAGCAUAUUGUCGUCUACAUUUUCUCGGCGUCCACCCAAGGUGCCAGUUGCAGCUCUCUCAAAUAAUUCUGACCAAACAAAGAAACAAGCGAGGAUCUCUCCAAAAUCAGUGGCAGAGAAAACAGUGUCAAAGUCAAACCCAGAUGCCAUCAACAUUUCUACACCAGAAGCUCCGAAAUCUGUAGAAGCGAAGGAUGUCGCUCCACAAUUGCCUCAGGGUAACAUGACUCAGAUGUUUCCACGGGACGAUCCAGUUGCGAGUGCAGUAUCGAGGGCAGCAAAGAUUGUUCCACGAAAGAGUAUCGAAACGAAGAAUUCGACUCCAAAGAGUGAUGCUCUGGCAAGCUCCAAAAGUGAAUCGAAUACCAUUCCUUCCUGGAAAGCCCAAGCUAUUGCCAACGCAAAGAAAGCAAAAAGCGACCCCCUAAUGGAAAGCGAUUCUGAGACUGGUGCAUCAUGGGUGGGUGUGAAGCUACGUUCCAUGACCCCGACCACCACCAAAACUGAUUCGAAGAACGGCCAGAUGGGAACAGCUCGAACUACCGUGACGAGUAAAGGAGCAGUCACACCCGCUUCAUCAACCGCUUCAAGUAUUCCAAGUUCAUGGGCUAAGGUGAAGCUACGAAAGGUUGUCGCAAAGGCAGAAGAAGAGCCGAAGAAGAGUACCGAAGAAUCGAAGUCUGGUGAAGUUCAAAACAAGCAAAUACAAAACAAUGACGACAUUCAUCACUUUGUGGUUCGUAAACCAAAGACCCCUCGCAAGCCGAAAACCCCGUCUGCAAGUACGAUCGAAGAAAAUAUGGAAGCUGAAGAAUUCCCCCAAAAGGAAGCAUCGCCUGUGAAGAAGGCUGAGAAUUUAUCCACGCAAAGUGACAAACCAGCUGCUGUCAAGAAGAGCAAUGCUGAAGAUUCUGAUAAUAAGGAAAUCGUAUCAAGUGGUUCAACUGACUCGUCAUCUCAUGGAACCGUUAGUGUUCCCCUUGCUCCUGGUCCUGAGUCGAAGUCUUUCUUUGGACUGAAGGUAGUUGUUGGCGAAAAAGGAAUUAUGAAGAUUGACUGUCCACCGAAUCAGCCUAAACCCACAAUAAUUUGGCAUCUCGAAAUCACUGAUCUCAAGUCAGCUAUGCUGGAUAUGUCUGGCUACAAGGUAAAACUCCUCCAGACAAAUGGGGAGCACAAAGACCUUUGUUUCGAGUCUUCAGAACACUGCAUGAAAUUCGCCAAUGCUUUCCACGAGGUUGCGAAUGAUGGCGACGAUGGAAGUGACGAUGAAGAUAGUGUAGCCGAGUCUGAUGGAUCGGUCUUUGUUGAACAACUCAGCGAAGAAGAACAAAAGGUGCUUGAAGAAUUUCGCAAGAAGAAACGCUUGUCAAGUAAUCUAUCCGAGUUCAAGCCUGCUGGAGCUCCAACUGAAGCCUCAAUUGAGCCAGUUGUCCCUGCACUACCGAAGCCUGCAGCUGGUGGCAUGUCUUUCCUUGAUCAAAUAAAGGCCCGAUCCACUGACGAAUCAGAUAUCUCUGGCGACAAUCAAGAAGCAAUCUCAUCCGAAGAGCCUGUGAAAAAGCUUACAAGUGAGGAACAGAAGAUUGUAGAUUCAUACAAGAAAAUGUUGAAAUUGAAAAUCCCAAUGGAAGCUGUGAAGCAUAAGAUGGAAAAGGAUCAAGUCGAUCCAAAACUUAUGAGUUCUGUGCUUGACGAGAACGAAACUUCCUCGUCAAGCUCGUCUACAAAUGUGUCUUCCUCUGAUGGAUUGACUGCUGCGGAACAAGCUGUCGCCGCGACAUACCAACGAAUGUUGAAAAUGAUGGUACCUGCAGAAGGAGUGCGACACAAGAUGGAGAAGGAUGGCGUUGAUCCGAAGAUUAUUAUUGCCGUAAUCGGUGGCGGCGAAGAAAAGUCCUCCCCAACAACAACAGUCUCGAAGCCGGUAAAUCCAGCAUCGCAACUGUCCGCAAAGGAUGAAGCUACGGCUGCUCCUUACAGGAAAAUGCUGAAGCUAAUGAUGCCGAAAGAAGCAGUUGAACAUAAACUGAGAAAGGAUGGCGUUCCUAUUAAUAUCAUGGCAAGUGUACUUGGUGUCGAUGUGAACACUUUUGGAGGUGGCAAGAAGGCAGCGGCGAAGCUUACGGAUGAAGAAGAAUCCAUUGCUUCGUCCUUUCGAAAGAUGUUAACCUUGAAGAUAUCCAAAGAUGCUAUUCGACGAAAAAUGCAAACUGAAGGUAUAUCAGAGAAGAUUAUGGUAGCUGUUCUCGGUGAAUCGUUUGUCAAGGGCGCAACACGAGGCCAAAAGACGCCAGAACGACGAAUGAAAGGGGGCUUUCAUUGGAGCCCACUCACCUCGGGCGAUAGUUUGAGAAAAAGUGUUUGGAAUAAGGCAACACUCACUGAAUAUGCAGAAAGCGAUGUCGCAAGUGACAUCUCUAAGCAUCUUGAAAUGUUUCAAAAGAAGGAAGACAAGAACGCUGCUACCAAGAAGAUUGUGAAGAAGGAUGGCACAGAGACAAAGACCAUGGCGAAGUUGAUCGAUCUCAAUCGGGCCAACAAUGUAGCCAUCACGCUGAAAGCUUUCAAUGAUGUGUCGCAGCAAGAGCUGGCUAAAAUUAUUGAAUUUGUCGACCCCCAUGGCAAGAUUACUGGUGACAGAGCACUCUUUAUGAGAGACUUAUUGCCAGCUUCAGCAGAGAUCAAAGUAAUUCAAAACUACAACGGCGAAGACAAUCGAUUGGUACCAGCUGAAAUCUGGUUCAGACAAAUCGCACAUAUCAAGAGGAUCGAAGAAAAGAUCCAAGUAAUGCGCACAAUGGAAUCAUUCAAAUUGGAAAUACUUGCUCUUGCGGAGAGUUUCCAAAUGCUCAUCGAUGUUUGCAAUCAAAUCAUGAAUAGUGACAAGCUUCCGGAUAUACUUGAGAUGGUCCGUCAAAUUGGAAACAGAAUGAAUGAAGGACGUGGCGAAGAAGCUGCAGGAUUCAAGCUUGACUUUCUUUCGCGGCUCUCACAAACCAAGGGAAGCGACAAAAAGACAACAGCUCUCGACCUAGUCGUAAUGAUCUUCCAAGCACGGAACCAACGGUCGGCUUUGAGAUUGAGUUCUGAUUUCCCGAAAUGUCAAGAAGCUAGCAAACUACAGAUUUCUGAACUCAAUGCAGAUGUACGAAGACUCGGUGGCGCACUUCAGAAAUGCAAGAAAGAGAAGGAACUCAUGAAAAAAGAUGCAAACAUUCCCAAAUGGGGGAAACUUCCUUCUAAUGACACGAAGAGUGAAUCUUCGGAAUGGAUGGCAAAUCGUACGAGCUUCUUGUCAUCAGUGAUUGGCGGAGGUAAACCUGUGGAGGAACGCAGACCUGUAACGAAGACCGAGACAGUGACACCCUCAUUACCACAUGACAAGGAAAUUGAAUCUCAAGAUGGCAGCACUAGUGACGAUGGAUACACCAUGGUCAGUGCGGUCAACAAGAUCGAGGAUUUCUUGACGGAGGCUACCAGCGGUUUCGAUCAACUAAAGAAGGUGAAUGAGGAGGCAGUCAAGACUUGCAAAGAACUCUCUGACUUCUUUUGCGAAAAAGGAGGAGAGGCUGCAACCAGCAAUCUCUUAGGAGUGUUAGCGACUUUUGCUGAGAACCUGGAGCAAGCGGUGAGGAAGCAAGAGGAGCAAGAAAAGAGGAGAGACGCACGAUUGAAGAAUGCCCAAUUUAAAAAGCUUCACACAUCCUCCACCACUUCUCCAAAACAGGAGCAACAUAAUACACGGUCUCCAACAAACUCAGCCGUCUCGAAUGCAUCUAUUAUUACCAACCAUUCUGGUGCCUCAGAGGACAGCAUUGGAGGAAAGUCACUUGUCCUGAUGGUGAAUCAAAUGCUAAAGAUGGUGGGCGACAAAGCGAAAGAGGAUUACGCAAAGGGCAUUUCAUACGACAAUCCCGAUUCUAGGUUGAAACAGAUUUACGAACGCGAAUCCCGUCGUGAUAUUGUUGGAAAGAUUGAAUCCAGAAGAGAAACGAGUGAGCAUGCUGCACAAACUGGACUGUCGGAGCUCGUCAAGAGUAUUGAAAGCCGAUCCGCAAGAAAGUCGACGAAAAUAGCAGAUGCUACAGCUUUGGUUAGAAAGAUCAGACACUCUUCGGAAUCAGAUUCUUCAAGACGCGCUUCUAGAGAGUCGAUUGGAUCUGUUUCGUCCUACGAGUCACGAGACGAUCCUGGAGUUCGCAGAACUAAUGUAGCUAACAGAUGGACUCAAAAGAUUGAUGAGGACCAAGUCUCUGACUCGGGCGGUAGCGCAACGCUAUCAUCUUUCUCUGCUACUUCUUCGGAAAUGAGAAUGCAGUCUCGGCAACGCCAACAAGUCAUCAAUCGAUGGGCAAGCAAACAUGAUAUUGUGGAAGCAUCGAGUAAGGAUCUUGACGAAGAAUCAGAUGUCGGAUUGAACAAUACAGCAUUGACGAAAACAAGGCAACGGUAUCUUGAUCGAUGGGCCUCAAAGCAAAGAGAGGAACAAGAAUAG